ACCCGUCAGCUGUCAAAUAAAACAAAACGUCGCGUUUCUUCGAUCAAGGGCGGCGAGCAACCGAUUCAGCAGAUCACAGACGAGAAAAAAAAAUGGCUAGUGUGAGUGACGAAGAAGUCGCCGUUCCCGAGGAAACAGGCCGUAGAAGUACCCGUUCUAAGAGGGGAAAGACCCCUCAACCGGUCGCGCCGACGCCGACGCGAUCAUCCCGGCGAAAUAAGAAACAGGUGGAACCUGAAGAAGUCGUGGAGAAGUCUGUUGCAGAAGAGGUUGCAGCUGAUUCCGAUGAACCGGACACCAAACAAGUCAUGGAACAGCUGCAAGAUUUGAUUGUCCCGGUACUGGACGGUCAGAACAAGGCAUCCGACGAAAAUAGUUCGACCAAUCUGUUUGAGGAGUUCCAAGUGGACACUAAAUCGUCAUCCGAUAAAGAUGACCCCGCUGUUCCGCCAGAAGAAAGUGUCUUCAUUGCCAACUUGGCAGCCGAGGAAAACGCCAACAGUCUACCCUCGGUAGUUGAUGAAAAUUCCGCCUCCCGGCUCGCUGUCUCUUCGUCCGUGGAUGAUGAUGUUGUACUGAAUGCGCCGGAAGUUGUUCCGGCGGAACCUGAAUCUGCUUUGGUAGAUUUAAACGGUGACAUCACAGACGAAGUGACCGGUAGUAGCGAUAACGCACUGGCCGGGAAUGUCGCCGAAGACUCCAAGAACAUCGACUUGGACGCUGAAGCUAUAUUGGAAGACGAACUACCGCAACCGGUUAAAGAGCAGGUUCACGAUGCAGUAGAAGUUUCCGAUGAUAAAGGCAUGGCGGGCCCAGACCGGGCCGAACUGCCACCCGAGCCGGAAGUCGUUUCCAAAGACGAGUUGCCCAAGCCCGUUCUGGAGCUGCCGACUGGUACGGAUAACGUUUCGCCCGCGCCCGAAAAGGCAGAACUUCCGGAAGAUGCUGACAAUGUUUCGGACGACGAACUGCCAGCGGUCAAGAAAGCGGAACUCCCAGAGGACGCUGACAAUGUUUCCGACGAGGAGCUACCAGCGCCAAAGAAAGCAGAAAUUCCGGAAGACGCCGACAAUGUGUCGGACGAAGAAUUACCAGCGCCCAAGAAAGCAGAAAUUCCGGAAGACGCUGACAAUGUUUCGGACGAAGAGUUGCCAGCGCCCAAGAAAGCCGAACUCCCGGAAGAUGCCGAUAAUGUAUCGGACGAGGAAUUGCCAGCGCCCAAGAAAGCAGAGCUCCCAGAGGAUGCCGACAAUGUUUCUGACGAAGAGUUACCGGUUCCAGCGAAUGCAGAAGUGCCCGAGGAAGCGCAAAAUGUGUCGGAUUCGGAGCUAUCGGCUGUGAAAAAAGCUGAUGUUCCUGCCGAAACGGAGAAGAAACGAAAAGCUUCAGAUGCUGGCGACGAGGGAUCCAGUAAGAAAAAGUCAUCUGGGGAGAAAUCUUCUAAGGGUGACGGAAAGGAGAAGAAGGAAUCGUCCAAACGGAAGUUGGAGAAGGACGAGGAAAAAACAGAUAAAACCGGAGAAGCUCCGGAGAAAAAGACUAAGGUCGACGCUCCCGUCGAGCCUGAAAAGAAAAAACUGCCUGAUUUGGACAAAUACUGGAAGGCGGUCAAUGACGAUUCUACAGAUUUUACUGCCUGGACCUAUCUUCUACAAUACGUUGAUCAAGAAAACGACAUAGAAGCGGCCCGCGAGGCGUACGACGCCUUCCUGGCCCACUAUCCGUACUGCUAUGGCUACUGGCGCAAGUACGCCGACUACGAGAAGCGCAAGGGCAGCAAGCGCAAAUGCGAGGAGGUCUUCGAACGAGGACUGAAGGCGAUCCCCCUGUCGGUGGAUCUGUGGAUCCACUAUCUGGCGCACGUACGGGCCAACAAUACGGACGACGAAACGUUGAUUCGGUCCCAGUUUGAGCGAGCGCUGGCUGCAUGCGGUUUGGAAUUCCGCUCGGAUAAGCUGUGGGAGGCCAAUAUCAAGUGGGAAAGCGAAGGCAAACGCAUUGACCGCGUUGUGGCGCUGUACGAUCGGCUGCUGUCGACACCGACUCAGGGUUAUGCAAAUCACUUCGACCACUUCAAAGAAGUGGCCAAUAACAACCCAGUGCAUAGCUUAGUGAGUACGGAAGAGUUCCUGGAGUUGCGAGCAUACGUGCGUGAAUCCGCACGGAAGCGUAAGGAAGAGAAGGAUAAGAAACGGGCUGGAUCGCAAGACAAAGUCAAAGAAAAAGAGAAAGAAAAGGACAAACAAGAUGACAAUAAGUCGUCCAAAACAUCCAAGGACAAGUCGGACAAACGUGACAAAAGUCAGGAGCCAGAUUCGAAGGAAUCCAAAGAAGAAAAGGAUAAACCAGAAGCAAUGGAAACGGAUGAGCCGCCGAAGGUGACAACCGGUGAGGACGUUAACGAAGAGAAAGAGAACAAGGAACCACCGGCCGAGGAGGAGAAAACAGAAGAGAAAAUGGAAGCUGAGCCGGAGGAGGAAAAAGAAGCCGAUGAUCACGUAAACAGCCCUGAGGAGGCCGAUGCCAUUAAAGAUAAAAUUAUUUCACGGCGCAAGAAGCUACAUAAGGCAACCGUCGCUGCCGUCACCGCUCGGUGGACCUACGAAGAAGGCAUCAAGCGUCCAUAUUUCCACGUGAAACCACUGGAACGGUGCCAGCUCAAGAACUGGAAAGAAUAUCUUGAUUUCGAGAUCGAACAAGGCGACGAAAAGCGUAUUCUGGUGCUUUUCGAGCGUUGCUUGAUCGCUUGUGCUUUGUACGACGACUUUUGGCUCAAGUUGAUCCGCUAUUUGGAUUCUCGGGCCGAAGAACCGGAGGUGGUUCCCCGCAUUAGGGACGCGUACGAACGAGCAUGCACGAUCCACCAUCCGGACAAACCGAGCCUGCACCUGAUGUGGUCCGCUUUCGAGGAGUCUCAGAACAACGUUAACAAGGCGGCCGACAUUCUUGCAAAUUUGGAGAAGGUCAGCCCGAAUCUGAUGCAGGUGGCCUACCGGAGGAUAAAUCUUGAACGACGUCGGGGUGAUUUGGAUAAGUGCGGCCAGCUGUAUCAGACGUAUCUUACGACAGCGAAGAGCAAAACCAUUGCUGGUAAUGUGGUCAUCAAGUACGCCAGGUUCCUCAACAAAAUCAAGAAGGACCACGAGCAGGCCCAUUUGGUACUGAAAAACUACCUGGAGAAGGAUCCCUGCAACACGAGAGUGGCCCUGCAAUUGAUAGAUCUAUCACUGCAGCGGGAAAUUGUCGACGAGAAAGAGGUGUUGGAAAUCAUGGAUCAUUUCAUGGGCCGCGAUGGACUGGAACCGGACCAGAAGGUACUUUUUGCUCAACGCAAAGUGGAGUUUUUGGAGGAUUUCGGCAGUACUGCCAAGGGCUUGCAGGAGGCCCAGAAGGCAUUGCAGACGAUCAUGACCAAAGCGAACGAGGCCAAGAAGAAGAAGGAACAAACACCACCGAAGAAAACAUCCAAGGAAAGUUCCUCCAGCAGCGUUGCUGUUAGUGCGGCUACAUCUGCUAACUAUGCCAGCGGAGGAGGAGGAAGUUACGGCUACAGUGCCAGUUCAGCUCCCUCGUACUAUGGCGCUGCGUCCAGUCAGUACCAAUACGGAGAUAGUUCAUCGUAUGGAUACAGCACCUGGAACCAGCAAUAUUCUCAAUCUGGCUACGGGAGUUACGGUCAGUGGAGUGGUUACGGAAGCUACUACUAAGGGCGUCAAACACACUUCGAGUGCUAGGGAUCAAAAGCAUGGAGUGAGCAAACAGCGAACAUUGGUUUUUAAGAAGCACUGUGGUCCUUUCCUUAAGUUUUACAUUCAUAAACUAUAUAACUUUGUUUUAUAGUGCAGUAGGGUUAGCGAGCACACUUUCCUUUUGUAUGCCUGGAAUCUUAUCUGGACGACAGUCAGAGGUACAUCAUAUGCUAUAUAGGAACUGUAGAAUAUUUGUUUCUCUCCAAAUUUCCGCCGCAGAGACGGAAUUGGACUAAAACUUAAUAUAACUCAACAAAAAGACGAUAACAUUUGUGUUUAAUGAGUGGUGUGGCCGCACGGAAUUCGAGUGGAGCACGCAGAUGCGCAGAAAUAAAACCAUACUUUUGUUUUUAAGAAUUCAACACGUGACAGUUUUUCCGAUGUUUCUCUGGUAUUUGCGAUAUCAUUCAAAAUGGUUCAUUAAACACAAAAAUAAAGCUAACGAUUAUAUCGUGAACUCAA